AUGGCUCGUCCUCUCUCACUAAAGCACCCAUGUUUUGCCCUUGUGUUGCUUUAUAUAGCUUCUUCCUGCUGUGAAGCACAGGAUGCCAUCCAGAUUGUUGCAAGAGCUGCUCUUUGUUUCGAUAACCGAACUGUCAUCGACAACUGCCUGACAUCAAUGGGAAUAAGCACCAAUGGAACUGCGAACGCAACGUCGAAUUCAUCCACACCUGUGCCUCAACAGGACAACGCCACCGCCAGCUUCUGCAGCUCCCCAUGCUUAGGCGAAAUGAUGCUUAUGACCAGCUGCUUUGAUGGCAUAAUGUCCAGCUUCGGAUUCUACAGGCCGGGACUGAUGCAAGGAGUGCAAGCCGUAUUUCAAAUGGCGUGCAGUGGUGGAGGAGGAAAUGGCAGCAGCAACGCCACUCUGAGUCGUGUUGCUUAUGGAGGUGAUGUGAUGGGAGAGGCAAACGUUGGAGGUGUGCUGCUUGUGCCAGCAUUCAUGUCACUUCUCAUGCCUGUGCUCUUCAUCUCCUUUUACUUAGCAUGAAGAGAGACCACAAGUUGCAAUCUUAGUUCUUAGCUUGUUUACAUGUGUGUCAAUCUACAA